GGAGCUGCGAGGCCGGUAAGGAGAUAAACACUAGGCAUCCCGGGUGGGUCUACGUAUUGGUGGGCCGCCGAGCUUUCGCCAACGAGUCGCGUCCGCGAAGCGUCGGCGCCUGACUCGACGGCGUGCGAUGGCCAAGCGCUGGCCGGCGAUCGGCGGCCGAGGCGGCGCCGUGUGCGCGACCUUGAACUUGGCGAGGGCUCGCGCGGGCUCCGACGGCCUCUACGGCGACCGUCCGCCCGUUCACGUAGGGAGCAACUGAGAGCGAUCCGGCCCCAGAAGACAUGUGGCAGGCGCAACAACAGCAGUGUUACAACGGCAGCAUGGCACCACAGCAGGCGAGGCCCCGAGCCUCUACGGUCUGCCUCGACGAGGAGAUCGCUGUAAGCGCAAGCGCCGCCGUCGUCUACCAGCAGAAGAUCGAAGUGCCUAGCGCGCAUUCCAGUAAUCCGCGAGCAUCUCGCAAUAUGGCGGAAAAGCAGCGUAGGGAUAACCUGAAUACACAAAUCGCUACGAUGGCUUCAAUGGUUCCCACUGUAUCUGGCGGAGGUUCCCGCAAAAAGGACAAGAUAUCUGUUUUAAGAUUGACUGCAGCUCAUUUGAGGAUUGCCUAUACACUGGGACUGACGACCAACAAAUUUCUUCCGCGUCAGUUCAAUGACAUCGACCUCGAGAACUGCCUGAUCGACAAUUUGGCUGGGAAUUCGAGUUUUCUGCUUGUGGUGACUACCGCGGGCAAGAUUAUUUACAUUAGCCGGCAUGUGGAGCAGCACCUCGGUCAUGAACAGAUCGAUCUGAUUGGUGACUCGCUCUAUAACUACGUAUAUCGGCACGAUCACGAAGAAUUGACAAGAGGUCUGACCCCAGAACUGAAUCGUCUGCCAAUUACGAAUACGGACUCGCUUGAGGAAGCUUCGAGCUCGUCCGAGGACAGCACACCUUCGCCCGAAUACAAUAACUUUCGGGAAGAGAGGCGAAGCUUCAACAUACGCAUGUCACAGCGCACGAGUAUACAGAUCUCCGGCGUCCUGAGGCUUGCAAACGAGUGCAAGAGUCAGGAAGUCAAUAAUUCGCGCGCGAAAAGAGAUCAUAGUUCAACGAGCAAUGACAUUAUUUUCAUUGGCACGGCUCGACUACUGAAGCAACGAUCCAUCACCGAAUUGUCAAUUUUAGAAACAAAUAAAAACGAAUACUUUACGAGACAUUUGGUCGAUGGUAGAAUUAUAUUUUGUGAUCAUAGAAUAUCGAUUGUCGCUGGCUACAUGUCGGAAGAAGUAUCGGGUACGAGUGCAUUCAAAUUUAUGCAUAAGGACGAUGUUCGGUGGACAAUAGUCGCUCUUCGAUACAUGUAUGAUCAAGGCAUAAAUCAUGGAUCAUCUUGUUAUCGGCUAAUAACAAAAACCGGAGAAUUCAUAUAUUUGCGUACCCAUGGCUAUCUUGAAUACGAUGAAACAACGCAAAGCGUUGUAUCCUUUAUUUGUAUUAAUACUUUAACUUCGACGAAAGAAGGAGAGGACCUGAUAGCAGAUAUGAAGAAACGAUUUUCUGCAACGAUAUCUAGUAGGACUGUGAGAGCCAUUCAGGGGACCGAUAACGGUUUUGAAUCAGAAUCAGAUUGCUCGAGUGCAAGUAACGGGGGACUAAACUUAGAAGAUGCAUCGAAACUCGAAGACGCAAUCACGCAUUUGAUUAGUGACUUGCCAUCGCCAGUUAUAAACGAGGAUCGUCAAUCACCCUCGCCAUUACCAAACGCGCAGUUAGUAAAAGUUGCUAUAUACUCGCAACGUUUACCCCCGGCAUCUUUGCAAGCCAGUAAAAUUGGGAUAAAGGGUAUUGAAAAUACGUGGCCCUUGUCGGGUAAAAGGGGUAAAGAUAAGCUGUCUGCUAUAAAAAAGAAUGGCGAAGAAACUUCGUUGGGUCGAGUUGAGAAAAAUGAAGAGAAAAGCAAAUUAGUCGUGGAAAAGAAAAUUUCCGAAACAGACGAACCUUCCAGUCCAAUUUUAAGAAACAACAAAACUACUACAGAAGUCGAGAAAGCCUUUACACCACCGAUACGAAGUAAAUUAGAAACCUAUUCUGAAUCUACUGAAAUUGAAGAAGUAUUUGAAAUUCCUGAAGAAACUGCAAUUAGUACAACGGAUUGCACUAGGUCCACGGAUAUAUCUCUGCCUUUCGAUGUAGAAACAAAUAUUACGGAUUACCUAGAGCCUCAGGUGCAACCUGAAAGUAGCCCGCAAAAAGUUAAUUUAAAGAGGCCCUACGACGAUGAACAGGAUGGAAACGAUAUAUCUUGUAAAAAGAGGACAGUGGACAGUUGUUUAACUUUGGAAUUAGUUAAUGUUGAUAAUUCUUUAUCUUGUAUAAACGGAGAAUUAAAUUUUCCGGCGUAUAUACAAAUUCAGCCAAUGACAUUAGAUACAAAUUUACAGGAAAUACAAACCAAUUAUCAGCAAUUUAAUUCUAAUGCAAUAGCCAUCAAUGCAACGGAAAAUCAAUUUAUUGAUUUUCAAGAUCUUCAAGACGAGCAGUUAUUAACGUCCGCUAUUGAAAGUAACCCAGAAAUCAUAAAGUUAUUCACAAACCUUCCACCAACGUUAAAUCUUGAUGAAGAUUCGGAAGAUCCAAAUGUUCAUCAGUAUCCUAUUAGUGAUCAGGGUGCUGUGAUUAAAAAUGAAGCAAGACAUGCGCAAUUACAGAUGGCGGAUAGUAUGUCAUCGUGUGAAUCACAAUUCAGCGAAAUAGACGAGUCGAAUAUUCAGGCCCAAUGCAGCAAUCUUACAUCAGAGCCUCCAGAGCUCAAAAUUCAGAAACAAAAUCUUGAGUCGUUGCAAUUAAAUAUCCAACAUGACAUUGGAGUGUAAAAAUGAUAUUGUUGUGGUUACAUUAUAUAUAGACUAGCGAUAAUUAAGUUAUCCAAGUAAUAAAAUAUAGAUUGUAUUGCAAGAAUGCUAAGAAAGGAGAAAAAAAAAAUUGUACAAGUGAGAGAGAGCAUAAUAGCUAAUUUUGUUUUUCUGCUGUUGGUAAGGACAAAAUCUGUUAGCAAAGCAUAAAAGAGAUAGAGGUGCAAUUUCCAGAAUUUUGCCCUAUUAAAUGUGUCAUGUCUAGUCGACUGACUGUAAUUAUAACAAAAAGUGAAACAACACGCAAGAAAAAAAUAUCAAAUAGCAAG